ACAGGAGCUGCAACCGCAGGGUUUCAAGCACGAACGCCGUCUGCGAAUAUGGUGACGAGGCGGUUUUGCAGGGGGCUGGUCGAGAUGACGACGCAGGAGACGCGCUGGAGAAGCUCAAGGCGAUACUCUGCUUGUCAACGGAGGCCAGUGAUGAUAAUCGAGGCUGGAUAUUGAACAUUAUAGCUUGUCCUUUUGCGGCUGCGGUCGAAGCAUGUGGGAGAAACAUCAAACUCAAUGGUUCUGUUGAAUGCUCGAAAGCAGAAGCUCAUCUUUUCAAGAUGAACAUGCCCACCCAUCAGGUCAAUUUGUUGCGUUAAAUCAAUACAUUCAUGUUGCAGCUCAAAGUCGCCUCUUUUAGGACACUUGCUGCUGUACUAGUCAGAGAUACAACAGUUGAGGAUGUGAACUCGAAGCAUUCAGUAUUGACUCGUGGAUCGAGUCGAGCAAUAGGAUCUUAUAAUCCGUGGCUUCUCUCCCAUACAGAUUUAGCGGUGAUGACUGUGCUGGCUGCUCGAGCAGAUCUCACCUCCCCAUCUUCCAUUAUUAUCUGCCCAUUCUUUCCGUUUGAUCAUCUCAGUUUUGUUCGGCCAAAUCAUGGGAACCGUCUCGGCGGGCGUCCAAGACGGGAAUGUCUCUGUUUCAAGACGGAUGUGGAACUGGAUGACGCAAGGAGGGCCACGGAACGGGCUCCGCAGCUCUAAGCACGGAGGACAAGAUCUGGAUUGCAGAUAAAAAGCGUGCCAAGAACUCGGGGACGACACGCAAACUAGCAAGGAUGAAACAGGGAGUUACUGUCGACUGUCCUUACCUGCUUCACAAUGCCUUCUAUUUGACUGAUUUGGACGCGUAGCCCUACAACAAGACUCGGGCACUUUGAUUACCGCUGAAGUCCACAACGCAAACUGUGGCCCUGCAACAAGGUACGAUUUUCCAUUUCUCCCCCGCCUUUUUUUUUUUUUGGACCUUUCUUUGCCUUGCCAAGGCUUUGAUUUUUCCGUCAGGAGAGAGGCUUCGUCGACACCGACAAAAAUAUUUAUCGCCACCCGCCUUGCACCCUCACCUAACUCCAGUUCUCUGAGAGUCGAGUUGGUAAGCUCCUGCGAGUCCAUUCAAAGGAUAAGCAUGAGACGAGACGCUCCAACGUGCAUAUCAACUACACAGGACCUUCGUCCCCACUGCAGCUGUACUCCGAUGACGGUGUCGAUGGACAGAAGUGAUGCGCGUGACUUUGGGCCCAACUAUUGGGAUACCGAUUAUGUGAAUCUUCGAGGAAUACAAAGAACAAAAAAACAAACUCUUUUGAUGGUCACCGAUGGAAAUCGAUUGAUGAUGGUGAAAGUGCUUCGACAACCAGACGGGGUUGAACAGGAAACCGGGGAACGCCAGAGGGCCGCUGUCAAAGCAGAGGUGAUGUAUUCACCUCCUGCUUGCAUGUUCAUUUCCUGGACAUGUUUCUCCACAACAUUUGUAAGGCCAAGAUUGCGGUGGUGUGUUGUCUCAGAUUCAGGAGAAGCUAUGUCAGCGAGGCGCGUUCUCGUUCCGGCUUCGACGAACAUACUUUACAGGCUUACGAGCUGGCGCCGCAUUGCGUCGCGGUCUGCUUCUUCUUUCCACCAGCCCUGCGUCGGCACAGCUAGGAGCAAUGAAGAAAAUGCUGAUAUUAACUGGGAUGACCUUGGGUUUGGUCAUGUACCAACUGACUAUAUGUAUGUAAUGAGAUGUUCUCGAGAUGACAAAUUCUCAUCCGGAGUCCUCAAUCGGUAUGGAAAUAUUGAAUUGAGCCCGUCGGCAGGGGUCCUCAACUACGGGCAGGCAAUGCUUGCGUAUAAAAACCUAUUCAAACAUUUAUCAGCAAAUUGUGAAAUCAUUUGUCUUGUUAAGGGUCUAUUUGAAGGUCUGAAAGCAUAUCAGAAACAAGACGGUAGUGGUUUCUUGCUCUUUCGGCCAGAAGAGAAUGCACGCCGAAUGCAAAGGGGUGCAGAGAGGAUGUGCAUGCCAUCUCUGUCAGUUGUGCAAUUCAUUCAUGCUGUCAAAGAGACGGUAUUGGCCAAUAAACGAUGGGUGCCUCCUCAGGGAAAAGGUUCUCUCUAUAUCAGACCACUACUAAUAGGGAUUGGACCUGUGCUUGGUUUGGCUCCAGCACCAGAUUACAUGUUUCUUAUCUAUGCUGCACCAGUGGGAACAUAUUUUAAGGAGGGUUUAGCUCCAAUCAAUCUAGUUAUAGAUGACAAGAUUCAUCGUGCCACUCCUGGUGGAACUGGUGAUGUGAAGACAAUUUCCAAUUAUGCACCGGCUUUGAAGGCACAGACAGAAGCUAAGACUAAAGGAUUUACAGAUGUUAUAUAUCUUGAUUCUAUUAAUAAAAAAUAUCUGGAGGAAGCUUCUUCAUGCAAUUUAUUCAUUGUGAAGGGUGAUGUCAUCUCAACACCAGCAACAAUGGGAACCAUUUUACCGGGGGUUACACGUAAAAGCAUCAUCGAAAUUGCUAUUGACUAUGGCUUCCGGGUUGAGGAACGGCUUGUCUCUCUCGAGGAUUUGCUCGAUGCUGAUGAAGUAUUUUGCACAGGAACCGCUGUGGUUGUUGCUCCAGUAAGCAGCAUUACUUAUCAAGACCAAAGAUAUGAAUACAAAACAGGAACUGAGACUGUCACUCAAAAACUAUACAACAUCCUCACAGCAAUUCAGAUGGGCCUGGUAGAAGACAGGAAAAAUUGGACAGUUGAAAUCAAAUGAGGCCCAAACCUUUUGCUACAUUAGCAGAAACACACUAGACAUGUGCAUGUGCUGUUAUAUUGGACUAUAUUCAGUGUUGGAAUCUUGUUCUCAAGACACUGUUUGUUUGUUAAUUAUUAUGCUUGGUAGAUUAUCUUGGCAUAUGUGAGCAUUAGUGAGUAAAUUUGAAACCUGGAUGUAGUUAUCCAAGUGAUGUUGAGAAUUUGAAAUGCAUGUUAUGGCCUA